GGCGCAGUUCGGGGAGCACGCUUUCACUCCAACGCACCUCCGAGGUUCCUUCGCUGCCAUGGGCCGCCGUCCAGCUCGUUGUUAUCGGUAUUGUAAGAACAAGCCAUACCCCAAAUCUCGUUUCUGCCGAGGGGUUCCUGAUGCCAAGAUCCGCAUCUUUGACCUGGGUCGAAAGAAGGCAAAAGUGGAUGAGUUCCCACUCUGUGGCCACAUGGUGUCUGACGAGUAUGAGCAGCUGUCUUCGGAAGCCCUGGAGGCCGCCCGUAUUUGCGCCAACAAGUACAUGGUGAAAAGCUGUGGCAGAGAUGGCUUCCACAUCCGAGUGCGGCUCCAUCCCUUCCAUGUCAUCCGUAUCAACAAGAUGUUGUCCUGUGCCGGGGCUGACAGGCUCCAGACAGGUAUGCGAGGUGCCUUCGGAAAGCCCCAGGGUACGGUGGCCCGCGUCCACAUCGGUCAAGUCAUCAUGUCCAUCCGCACCAAGCUUCAGAACAAGGAGCACGUGAUUGAGGCCUUGCGCAGGGCCAAGUUCAAGUUCCCUGGACGCCAGAAGAUCCAUAUCUCCAAGAAGUGGGGCUUCACCAAGUUUAAUGCUGACGAAUUUGAAGACAAGGUGGCCAAGAAGCACAUCAUCCCUGAUGGUUGUGGAGUCAAGUAUGUUCCCAAUCGCGGCCCGUUGGACAAGUGGCGGGUUCUACACUCCUGAAGGCUUUGAUAGCACUGUCUCCUUGGGCCAUGCCAGUCUGACUUUACUUACUAAUAAAUUCUGUUUACUGGGAAA